UCCCGGGCUCCCCAGAGCGCAGCCGACGUGCCCCACGCCAACACAGCCAACCCGAUGGCGUCCGCUACUGCCGUGCCUGUAGGAUUUCACUAUGAAACCAAAUACGUAGUGCUCAGCUACCUGGGCCUUUUAGCACAGGAGAAGCCACAGGAGCAUCCUCCUCCUCCUCCAACUCAAGGGACUCAACAACAGCUUAUGGCACAACAUGCUCUGGAGAAAGAGGCUUUGGAGAAGAUUAAAAUAGAGAUCGAGGAGGAACUAAAACAUCUUGAUGAAGAAAUCUUGGAAGCAUUUACCACUACAGGGUUUGACUGCCACACUUCCCCAGUGUUCAGCCCUGCCAAUCCAGAGAGCUCAAUAGAAGACUGCCUGGCUCAUCUGGGGGAGAAAGUGUCCCAGGAGUUGAAGGAACAUCUGCACAAAGCACUGCAGAGCUUGCUUAGCAAGCCGGUGACAUAUCAGGAAUAUCGGGAGCGCACGCAGGAGGCAGCUGCUCAUGCCAGUGGAUGGAACAAGGUCUUGGUGCCCCUGGUUCUGUUACAACAAUUUCUGAUGGAGCUGACCAGACGGGGCCAGGAACCACUGAGUGCCCUUGUGAACUUUGGGGUGACAUAUCUAGAAGAUUAUUCUGCAGAUUAUAUCAUUCAACAAGGAGGAUGGGGAACAGUUUUCACUUUGGAAUCGGAAGAGGAAGAGUAUCCUGGGCUCAUUGCAGAGGACAGCAAUGACAUUUACAUCCUGACCAGUGACAACUCAGGGCAGGUGAGCCCCCCGGAGUCCCCCACGGUGACCACGUCGUGGCAGUCGGAGAGCCUGCCCGUGUCCCUGUCGGCGAGUCAGAGCUGGCACACGGAGAGCCUGCCAGUGUCCCUGGGACCUGAGUCCUGGCAGCAAGUGGCCAUGGAUCCUGAAGAAGUCAAAAGCCUGGACAGCAACGGAGGGGGCGAAGAGAGGAGUGAGAACAACUCUUCCAACUCUGACAUUGUUCACGUGGAGAAGGAAGAGAUACCAGAGGGGAUUGAGGAAGCAGUGGUGCCAGCCGGCGCUGCAGAGACCAUGCAGGCAGCCUUUCCAGAAACCUCUGCUUCUUUACAGGAAAUAAAACCUCCCGAAAUUGCUGCUGCUGGAAAAGCACAUCCCUCCACACUUCUGCGUACAAAACAGGAGGAGAAGGGAAAAGCAGCUGAAGAGCUUGCUGAACCUGAAAUCCCCGUGUUAAGUAAACCUGUCCCAAAGUUAGCUCCAUCAGAAGAAAAAGCUGCACCAGAACCUGAGAAAAUACUGCUUCCAGGGGAAAAAAAAGGGGGGAAAGAGGGUCAUUUGGAAGAAAUAGAAGAGAAAUCCUCAGCUGCGGAGGAGAAGCCUAUCCUAUUGCCAGAAGGGAAAUCUAUACUGCUGUACGGCGGGGCUGCCGCCGUCGCUAUAUUGGCUGUGGCAGUGGGAGUAGCGCUGGCGCUUAGGAAAAAGUAACGGAGCUCUCUUGAGGAGGAGGUGGGGAGAGAAGAGAGCACAUCCAGUUUUUGUAGUUGUGUUACCUAAAGGUUGAGCUGCCUGCUGUUUAAUUGGACAUUUGAGUAACUCAGUGGUGAUGAGGUGAGGUUGUUCAAUAAGCCUCCAGCUACGGACAAUCAUGUUUUUAAGUAGAAUCGGGGCGGGGACUGGUUUUUCGUGAUUAAAGUAUGGGGGUAUUUUUAAAAAAAAAAAAAAAAAAAAUCUGCAAAUUUAAGAACUUAAAGUGCAGGUGCUGAAGAAAGGGGUGCUCAUACUCUAGGAACUGGAACAGAGAAUCCCCCAGGGGAAGGGAAGAGCCAGCUGCUGCCAACCCCUGGAGAUUUUGGCUUCUCAGAUUGACCGCUACUGCAGCUGUGCUGUCUUGUCACUUCCUGUUGUGCCCCCGAGCCCCUCCUAACAAACAUUAGCCAACCUGAGUCCUGUAGCGAGAGGCUGGUGUCCCUUUUGUCUCAGCUUCCUCUCAGGUACAGCACUGCUCCUCAUAACCUUCCAGGUUCCUCCUAAGCCCCAGUGGGACAGUGCUUAUUCUUACCUCUUGCCUCACACUGGUUUUGGCCCCUAACGUUUACUGGAGCCCCAUCCUGUAAAGAUGCUGCCUCUCUAUAGCUGUAUUAUCUCUGAGCAUCCUGGUGUUCCUGGGGCAGUGCUGCUGCCCAGGAGGGUGAGAGGGACACUGCUGUUUGCUGGUUUGAGAAUCCAUUUGCUCUGCUCCUGCCCAGCCCACUUUACUGCAAGCCCUUCAGAGGUACGAAAUUGAUGCUGGACAUGGUGCCAUUGGGAUCAGUACUCUGAUAUCUGGGGUAGAUUCAGCAAAAACACAGCAAAACUGUGUGGAAGCAAGGCCAGUGCCUCAAGUGCAAUUCAGACGUUAAACGCUCUGCUGUCCUGUGUCACGCUGCAGUCUGCAUUGUCUUCCCCAAGUUAAGCACAGAGUGUAUUUAGUCCUAACUUGGUCUUGCCUGUGACAGAAUCCCAGAUAUAUAAAGCAAUGGAUUCUAGUAACUGAGCAAAGGAGCAUUAAACAUCUCUAUCUGCUUGUUCCUGGCCUGGCCUGGAGUGCUGUUCAGUGCGAUUUCUUUUGCGACUGUGAACCUGUAACUGGCUGAACUUACAGGUUCACAAACGAUGAGCAAUUUACUUUGGCAAAAAAAGGAAAUCCCCCCCCUUCCUGCAGUCACAGCACUUCAGGUGUGUGUGGAGAGAAGCUCUAAAGUGUUGCCCUACUCCUCAGAGGGAUCCUGCCACAAGCGUUCCUCUUUCAGCACGUGUCUGUGUGUCUGUCCUUGUCCAUACCGCAGCUCUGUGGGCAACACCUUGGGCUUCCCAGGCAGAACUGUGCAUGCAUCUCUGAGGGUUGGUGCUGGCACUGUGGCUUAGACCAGAUGGAGGAAGGUGAAAGGGAACUUGUGAUAAUGUAAAAAAUGAAACAUGAGCUUAUGGGAGUCUUCGCAAAGCACAAAGACAAGGUACUUUUAUUUCUAAAUUAUUAUUUCUAAGUAACCAUAUCAAGAGUACAUCUCCUGAUGAGCCUGUUUCUUAAGGGAUCUCAGAAUGAAGAGAUCUUAGCAUAUUCUCUAUUUUAGUAUAUCCUUGCUGCAUUUUCCUAUCCCAGGAUGCUGGAAAGUUAGUCAGAAUGUGUCAGAUUCUGAGGAAUUAUUUUUGUGUAAGCUUUUGUGAAAUGGAUUUUCUAGAAAAAAUGGAUUUUGAACUCUGUGUGUGUGAAGUUGAAUAUUAAGAGGAAGGUUUGUGUAUAUACUGCCGCUGUGGACUGAACUUGGGAGCUCUGGAGUUCUGGACUGUACUGUUGAUAGCUGAUUGCUCUUCUUCCAUGUACAAAACAUAGCAGGUUGGCCUUAUCAGAAAAAAAAAUCUUUUAUCACAUGGAAUUGACAUUUUUUUUUGCCAUUUUCUGGUGCCCUGCUGAUAUUCAUUGCUGUGCUGUGUCCCUGGAAGGGGUGGCUGGGACCUUCUCAUGCCAUGGACUCUGGUGUCUGCCUUCCCACCACGGCAGUUCUCUCUCCUGGCCCCUUGCAGGAGCUUCCUCCACGUGGAGGAGAGGUCUCUUUAUGCUCCAUCUGUCAUGGACAUGCAGGAUAGGGUUGUUUCAGUAGGAGUGUGGACAUGGGUGGAGGACAGACAAGAAUAAAUCCAGGCUGGCAAGGGAAGAAGUUCCAGACUUAGUGCCACAAGGAGCCCAGUGGGGCAUGAAAUAUAAAUCUUCCACACACAGCAGUGAGAAGGUGGCAGCACUAGUAAGGAAAAUCAAUGACUGUGUUAGGCAUUUUCAUGGUCAGGCCUUGAGUGUCUGGUGUGUUGCUACAUUUCAUGGAGCAUCAGUUGCAAGGUAUGUUUUGGUUGCUUCAUCUUUUCUUUGUAAUGUUCUUCUUCUGGGGUCUUUUAGAUUUGGCAAGUCAGCGAGAAUUUGAACUGACCACAUGUUCAGAAAAUUUACUGUAUGAGUCUCUUUCCUCUGGCACACUCCACUAGUUAAAAAGGUCAGCUGUGAGGUUGAGUUCUGCAGAGUUUGGAGUCCUGUGGUCAGAGCUGAGAUCACCAAAGGUGGGUAAGCUCAGAUGGCAGUGUUCCUACAGACCUGAGUGAGAGGCUGCACUGUUAAGAGGUGUGAUUGAACAACGGAAGUUUUCUUCCCCCCUAUUUUCAAAUAUUACAGUAAUCCUAAACUGCAGGGUCCAAUUACCCUGAAAGGUGUGGUGCAGCCUCUCUUUAGUGGAUCUCCUGUAGCUGGCAGAGGGAAGCAGGAGCUAUAUACCUGCAAAAGGGCAUAGAGAAUUAUUUUCACUUGUGUUGCUCAUCCCCUUCCCAGAAGUGCCUCAAUAUCUGUCC